AUGCAGGGGUUGACCCAGGCACAUUGCAAGCUCGGUGCACAUGCAUCAACAGGGUAUCGUGGCAGCAGCCAUGGUGGAUCUUGGUUGGUGGUUGCCGGGCGUGAUUGCAGCUAUGUGGCCGCAAAGGCGUUCAUGAGGAAACCUUGGGAGGACAACGAUGGCGCGGACACAGGCAAGCCUGGUGUGAGUGCCAGGGAUCAACUGCUCAGAUUGGUACGCAUGCACGCGGCCUGCCUCCAUGCACUUCAGCUGGAUUCUACAAGAACGGUCACUGAUGAGGAGAUCAUGGGUGCCUUGGCCCGCGAGUUCGACAGCUUGGAAAUCCAAAUGAAAGAUCGUUUCGUCCCGGUGGACACCAUAGCUGAAAUUCAGCAGCUGUUUCGUCAGGACCGGGCAGAACAAGCAGCUAUGUCACAUGUUCGCCGAGACGUUAUAUGGAAGACCUUCAUGCGGAUUCCCUUGUGUGUAUCAGCAGUUCUCGCGGUCACAGCUCUUGGGUUGUUCCUCUCCACAUUCCGGUAUUCCCGUGCAAUCUGUGCUCUCCACGAUUUUACAAAUGGGACAUGUGAUCAGGAGAACAGCUGUCAUUUACAAGUGGUCGUACAAGUAGGAAACGAAGCAACCUUGCUCCCAGACUGGCAGCUGCCAAUCGAGGCUUGGGACGAAUCUGGCCUCGUGUGGUACAACGAGCGUGGGCCCUUCAAAUGUUGCAACGAUGCCGGCCAGUAUGUACGCGGAGAUGCCAACCUAUCUGGGGCUGGAAGUUCUUGCUGUGACUUUUACGAUGCCAAGUGGCAGGUGUUCUGCGAUAACUUCGGAGCUGAAGAGCGACGCCCACCAGUUCCGGAAUGCCCAACGUCUCCUUGGAAUUGUGGGGCGAUAAUCGAGACCAUCGCUAGAGAGCGGAGGGUGAAGGAGCUCUGGCUUUGGCAGGAGCCCCCGAGCCUUGAAGUCUUCGGUGCCUCGCUGAUCUGCUUGGCGGUCUCCGGCUUGGUUCGCCUGUUUCCCCGCUUCAUUGACUUCAUGGUCAGGGGCAUCGACGUUUUUGUGUACAGGAUCUUCCCCCGAUUGGUGCGAAGUGUCCGCCGGCUUCGGCGAAGAUGCCGGCGGUUGUUGCAGCAUAUCCAAGCGAGCUUGAGACGGCCGCGCCCCGGUGAGGAGGGCCCGGAGGGCCAGGGCCCCACGGAAGAGCCAGCGUCUGAGGGCCAGGAGGGCCCCUCUGGCUUAUCAUCCGAUGAGUCAACUCGACGGAAGAAGCGACGGAUCAAGGUAAAGGCCAGUCCUGCACAUCGGUCACACAAUGUCGUGCACGUUCGGCAGAAAGAGCUCGUGCAGAGCGAGGUGCCGGGUGUCACCGAACAGAGAUCCGAGCGAGCCGGGCCGAUCGCCGUGGCCGCCGUGGCUGCCGUGGCGGGUGGAGGGAAGCAGAAGGCUCCGAAGCCUCAGAAGCACGAGACGCCGACGCCAACGCGCAUCGUGGUGAAGGCCAGAGCCGGUCCUCGGGAUGACCAGGACCAGCCCAUGGAGACAACACUGUUGCCCAGCGCAGUUCCGGCCCUUCCUGCCCAGGCCGGACAGGCUGAGCCACAGAACGUGUUACGCCCCAUCAUCUCCCCACCUGGUCACAAGGGCCAAGACCGGCACGGGCCAAAUGCACAGGCACGUGGAGACCGUGGAGGUCGGGCAAGGCCACAGGCACAUCAGGCUCAUCAGGCACGAGGACAGCAAGCACCUCGUGCAGCACGCGGGGCCCCGCAUGGUGCGGCUCCUCCUCGACUCGUCCAACGUGCAGCGCAGAAUGCGAUGCAGAGGUCACAAGGCCAAGUAGAGUGGAUGCAGACGGCUGCCCAGCUGCGUGAAUUGAGCCGCAACCAGGAGCAUGGGACGCAACCUUUGCUCCCUGAAACCGCGGGCGACCUCACUGCGGAACGAAGCAUGCACCAAGUGGCACUUGCGGUGCCUACGACGCACGGGGGGCCUGGGGCCAGGCGCGUGAAUCCGGGCGUCCAGCGCGCUCCCCGCGCGACGCAGCUGUAG